AUGGUGUACUAUACCCAAAACUCUGAGAGAAAAGUAACUAUAGCUCAAAGCGCAAUUGCAGGUGGAAUAGCUAGCUCGGUGACUAGAGCGAUAGCACAACCUCUAGAUGUCCUUAAAAUACGAUUUCAAUUACAGUUAGAACCUAUUCAGAAUGGAUCCAAGUAUAGUUCCCUAUUACAAGCUAUUUCAUCCAUAGCUAGAGAAGAAGGAGUAUCAACCUUAUGGAGUGGCCACAUACCCGCGCAAUUGCUAUCUAUUUCAUUUGGUGUUGUACAAUUUUCAACAUACGAAAGACUUACGCAAACCUUCCAAAGAAGUGACCCUCAAUUUUAUAUAAAUAAUCAAAAUUAUUUAAAUUUCUCUAAUGGUGCCGUGGCAGCUACAUUUGCAACCAUACUAUCCUAUCCAUUUGACACAAUUAGAACAAGGCUAGUAGCUGAACAAAAAAUAAAUAAAGUAUAUAAAGGUUUCAGUGACACUUUAUUAACAAUGAUAAGGCAUGAAGGUGCCAGCUCAUUAUUUAAAGGUAUAGUACCUACAAUAGCGCAAAUAGCACCAUAUGCUGGUAUUCAGUUUUGUAUGUAUAAGUUAUUUACUGAAAGUAUUUUUAAUAGACUUAGUUUCUUUCAAAGAAGGAAAGCUAUUGGGUCCGUUAUUGAAACUACAAUUAUUGCAAAUGUAAUAGCUGGUAGUAUAGCUGGGCUUGUUUCUAAGACAUGUGUCUAUCCCUUUGAUGUUAUAAAGAAAAGACUGCAAAUACAAGGAUUUCAACAGCAUAGAAAGGCUUUUGGCCGGCAAAUGUAUUGUAGUGGAUCAUUACAGUGUAUUAUGCUGACUAUAAAUGAAGAGGGGGUCUUGGCUUUAUAUAAAGGUUAUGGACCUAGUUUGGUAAAAGCUAUUGUUGUUACUGCUUUGCACUUCACAGUUUAUGAUGAAAUUAAACAUUUUAUCUUACAGAUGCAUAAAUGA